AUGUUGACUAGCCUCGCACUCAUAAUUCAUUUUCAUACGAAUGAAUUGCAUCUACAUUAUGAUAUGAUUGUUAUCAACAGCAGUCGAAUGGAGACAAUAAUUUUAUGCGGAGUGAAGAUUCACAAAUGUGCCAAUAAAGCAAACAGAACAGAACAGAAAAGUAGAAUAGCAGAGACGGAGAAUGAGAAGAAAAAGGCGAAAGAAUCCCAAGUGUGCGAGGGUGGAAACCCAAAUUUAACAUGCGAGAAAUUUAUUUUUAUGCCACAGUCGACGAAGAGAUGUUCAAAAGAUGAUAUGAAGAGAAAAAGGCAUAAAACUAAGAGGAAGAAAUUCUUCCAUGCGACACAAUAUCUCGGGAGUUAUGCUUGGCCUUGUAAGAAGAGGGUUAGGGAGAUAUCUACUGCGAAAAAGAGCAAUAUCAAGCUGUGGUGGGUGCUUAGAAAAAAGAAAAGAUAUCAGAGAUAUGCAGGACAUAACCAUAGGGGGAUCAAGAAAACGACAUCAGCAUACAUUGCGGUGAAGAAGUGA